GGAACAAAGUUCAAAUGCCAUAAUUUAGACAAUAACAAUUGAGUUCCAGUGAUGAAAGAAGGGGGGGAGCAUGCCAUUCAUACAUAGAGGUGAUGCUACUGAUCCAGGGUCAAUGGGGAAUUUUUUAGUUAUUUUCCCACUAAGAACUUGCCUCAAGUUACCCAUGGACUCCCUUCUGGCCUUGGUGUCCAAGGGUAGGCCACGCUGGAGGUAAGACUGUGCUGUAAUAGGAGAAAACAAUAAAAACAAAAGCAUCACCUUCUGCACUUUAUAUAACUAUUCCUGCUUCCUGAGUCUAUGGAACAGGUAUUAUUCUUAUUUGAUAGACAAGGUCACUGAGCAUCAGAAACCUACUUAUUCAAUAGUCAACAAAUAACUGCUAAGUGCCUCCUAUGUCAGACACUGGGUAAGGUGCUGUGACUUUGUUCAAGGUGACACAGCUGACAAGUACCAUAGGGAGCACCCAAACCCAGUCACUUAACCUCAAGUCCCCUCCAUUCCACGGCUGCCUCAUAGGCUGAGGUCACUGUUGCCACUUAAGACCUCAGGAUGUCAGGGCCAAAGGCCAUGGUGGGAAGGACCACAUGGUCCUUCCUUGCUCCUCUGCAAGGAAAGUGAGGAAUAAAAUCUGCAGAAAUAAAUAAAUGUAGAUACCCAUGUUCCAUUAGUAAUAGCCCUGUCUAUGGUGUAGACUCUUGGGCCAACUCUUGGGCCAGUUAUAGCCCUGUCUAUGGUGUAGACUCUUGGGCCAACUAAGAGUCUGAGACCUAGUCCUCAAGCACGGACCUCUGUUCACAGCAUGAACCCUUUGUCAUAGGUUGUGGAAACAAUGACUGCCAUCCACUCUAGCCAGCCAUCCCUGCUGCCACACAGUUGCAUCAGAGAAGGGGCCAGUCACACACUAUCUCAAGAAUGCCAAAAUCUUCAUGAAUGGGCCACCCUGUGCCUGUAAUCAACAGACAGGUGGGGUGACAGCCAUGGGUCACAUAACUGAGGCCAAACAUGAGAGGCUGGCCCAGAUCAAUAGAUGAGUCAGGGCUCAGAGUAUAAAACCUUGGGCGCUCCAGUGCUCCUAACAUAAGCCAGCAUCUCCUCUCCUCACUCAGCUCCUGGUGCUUCAAGUAAGUGCUUCUCUCUCUCCUUAAACAAGAUGUCUCACCAGAAAAAGCAGCCCACCCCCAUGCCCCCAGUGGGCUGCGGGAAGACCUCCGGCGGGGGCGGCGGGGGCGGCGGAGGCGGCGGAGGCUCCAGCUGCGGAGGCUACUCAGGAGGCGGCGGAGGCUCCAGCUGCGGGGGCUACUCCGGCGGCGGCGGAGGCUCCAGCUGCGGAGGCUACUCAGGCGGCGGCGGCGGCGGCGGCGGUUCCAGCGGGAGUGUGAAAUACUCUGGGGGUGGUGGCAGCUGCGGGGGCGGCGGAGGCUCCAGCUGCGGAGGCUCCAGCUGCGGAGGCUACUCCGGGGGCGGCGGAGGCUCCAGCUGCGGAGGCUACUCAGGCGGCGGCGGUUCCAGCGGGAGUGUGAAAUACUCCGGGGGUGGUGGCAGCUGUGGGGGCGGCGGAGGCUCCAGCUGCGGAGGCUACUCCGGGGGCGGCGGAGGCUCCAGCUGCGGAGGUGGAGGCUCCAGCUGCGGGGGUUACUCCGGGGGCGGGGGAGGCUCCAGCUGCGGGGGCUACUCCGGGGGCGGCGGAGGCUCCGGGCAGCAGGUUCAGUGCCAGAGUUAUGGAAGCAUCUCUAGCGGCGGCUGCGGCGGGGGCUCCUCCGGCUGCGGAAGCGGCGGGGGCUCCUCCGGCUGCGGGGACGGCGGGGGCUCCUCCGGCUGCGGGGGCGGCGGGGGCUCCUCCGGCUGCGGGGGAGCUGGCUACUUCUCGUCGCAGCAGACCACCCAGACCUCCUGCAUGCCGCAGCAGAGCUACGGAGGGGGGUCUUCCUGCGCUGGGGGCGGCGGCUCCUCUGGAGGCGGCGGCUCCUCUGGAGGCGGCGGCAGCUGCUUCUCCAGUGGUGGGGGGUCGUCCUGCGGUGGGGGCGGCGGCUCCUCCGGGGGCGGCGGCGGCUGCUUCUCCAGUGGUGGGGGGUCGUCCUGCGGUGGAGGCGGCAGCUCUGGUGGGGGCUCCGGAGGUGGCAAGGGCGUCCCGAUCUGCCACCAGACCCAGCAGAAGCAGGCGCCUACUUGGCCAAGCAAAUAAGGCCAGUUGGACGCCGCGGAGACUGAGGAGCUGGAGCCGUUUUCCGUGGGCGCCUAUGGGCUCAGCGCUCUCUUGAUAUUGCCGAAGUUCCCAAAUGCUUCGUGUGUUACACCCAGACGAAGCCUUAGAGUUCUGGGGCUGCUUCUUGUUCUACAGGUUUUCCUCUUUGGUUUCUGUACAACUACCUCCCAACCCCAGUGCCUCCUCAGUCAAUAAAUUUGCAAUUCAUGAGAA